AUGCCGGCCAUGCUUGAGAGUGCUGUGCCUCCACCGCCGCAUCUGCAGCUCUCCACCUCCUCUCCCUGGCCCCCGUACUCGUCUCACUGCUACGCCUCUACUGCCUCUUCGCCCACUCCCAUGACACCAGAGUCGCUGACUACCUUUGUCCCGCGUUUGCACGACAGCCCGCUUCCCACGCAAGAAGCUCCUCCCUCUUCGAGUUGGUUCGGCGCCUCGGUUUCGGCCCCAGACCCUCAAAACGAGACUUUUGGUGCCUUUUCAUAUAGCCAGCCCUUUAUUCCUUCACAUCCGUCGUCUGCUGGUCCAUAUUCACCACACCACCAUUUCUCGUCAACAUCUGACGUGGCAGUGUCUGCACCAUCGAGCAUAGAGCACCCAGCAGGCAACUUCUCUCCAAUUUCACAGUGCUCGCGAGGCUCCGAAGGGCCACGGCCGGAGUACGUCCGUCAGCACCAGGAACCCUCUCCCGACGCAUCCACCCAUCUUUCCGGAGGUCUUUCGCCGUGUCGAUCUCGAAGCACUCCCCUCGACUACCCUUCUUGGACCAUGAAUCCGCUCGGUAUUUCCGGAUCGACCAUGCACCAACACUUUUAUUCUAGCCCGACGUACCCUCGAAGUCCCCGCAUCAGCGAGCCUGGUAUGGAUUUAUCGGGCGAUUUGCCGAAUGGACGCCGCCUAUAUGCCCCAAUCGCUCCCCACCCAACUGGUUCUCGCACAAGCGUUCCGAAGCGAUCCCACGAAGAUGAUGACGACCAGUCAGAUCAAAUCAAAAGGAGAAAACGAUCGGACUCUAGCACUUCAGCGACCAUCGAGCUGGGCGACGAGGAUCGUCUUCUAAUCAGACUCAAAGACGAGGAAAGCAUGCCUUGGAAGGAUAUCGCCGCUCGCUUUCAGUCAGACCUGGGCAAGACGUACCAGAUACCCGCGUUGCAGAUGCGCCUGAAGCGGCUACGUGAACGCAUGCGAGUGUGGACCGAGCCCGAUGUCAAGGCACUUCGUAUGGCGCAUGAGUAUUGGGUUCAAAGCAAGUUCGACAUCAUUGCCCAAAAGAUGCUCGAGUACGGUGCAUCAGAGAAGUGGACCGCUCGGCAGUGUGCGCGCAAAUGGGCCGAAAUCGAUCCCGGCCCAACCCCUUACACGACCUAUGAGCACCAUAUGCCAACAUACGCUGCUUACACCAUGAGUCCCGUGGAAGCACACCACUUCAUGCCAUAUGUUCACAUUCAAUAA